CGCGGCGGGCACCGCGGGCGGGAGAGGGCGAGGGCGCGGCCGGGCGCCCCGGCGGCCUCGCCAUGUCUCAGCCGGCCGGGAGGAUGCACUGCCGGAAGGCGGGGAUCCGCGCCGCUGUGGUGCUCAUCGGACUCCUGCACAAAUCCCGAAGGCAGAAUAAGGAGAAAAGGAAGCAGGAGCUGGCCAACAGCUCAGAUGUAACCCUUCCAGACAGGCCCUUGUCCCCUCCUCUCACUGCACCUCCCACCAUGAAGUCAGCAGAGUUCUUCGAGAUGCUGGAGAAAAUGCAGGGGAUCAAGCUUGAAGAACAGAGGCCAGGACCCCAGAAGAACAAGGAUGACUAUAUCCCGUACCCCAGCAUUGAUGAGGUUGUGGAGAAGGGAGGCCCCUACCCUCUGAUCAUCCUGCCCCAGUUUGGGGGCUACUGGAUCGAGGACCCAGAGAACGUUGGCACUCCGACAUCACUGGGCAGCAGCAUCUGUGAGGAGGAGGAGGAGGAGAGCCUCAGCCCCAACACAUUUGGCUAUAAGCUCGAGUGCAGGGGUGAAGCCAGGGCCUACCGCAGGCACUUCCUAGGGAAGGACCAUCUAAACUUUUAUUGUACCGGCAGCAGCUUGGGGAACUUGAUCUUGUCCAUCAAGUGUGAGGAAGCGGAGGGGAUGGAGUACCUUCGGAUCAUUCUCAGGUCCAGAUUGAAGACAGUGCAUGAGCGGAUCCCCUUGGCUGGACUGAGCAAGUUGCCCAGCGUCCCUCAGAUUGCAAAGGCUUUCUGUGAUGAUGCAGUGGGGCUGAAAUUCAACCCUGUCCUGUACCCCAAGGCCUCUCAAAUGAUUGUGUCCUAUGACGAGCAUGAUGUGAACAACACGUUCAAGUUUGGGGUCAUUUAUCAAAAAGCAAGGCAGACCCUGGAGGAGGAGCUGUUUGGAAACAACGAGGAGAGCCCAGCUUUCAAGGAGUUCUUGGACCUGCUGGGGGACACCAUCACACUGCAGGACUUCAAAGGUUUCCGAGGAGGCCUGGAUGUGACCCACGGACAGACAGGGGCGGAGUCAGUGUACACGACCUUCCGGGACCGCGAGAUCAUGUUUCACGUGUCCACAAAGCUGCCAUUCACUGAGGGAGAUGCCCAGCAGCUCCAGAGGAAGAGGCACAUUGGGAAUGACAUUGUGGCCAUCAUCUUCCAAGAAGAAAACACACCAUUUGUUCCCGAUAUGAUUGCCUCCAACUUCCUACAUGCCUACAUUGUUGUGCAGGCUGAGAGCCCGGGCACAGAGAGCCCAUCCUACAAGGUCUCUGUCACUGCUCGGGAAGAUGUACCUGCUUUUGGCCCUCCGCUGCCUAGCCCUCCUAUUUUCCAGAAGGGCCCGGAGUUCCGGGAGUUUCUACUUACCAAACUUACCAAUGCAGAGAAUGCCUGUUGCAAGUCGGACAAGUUUGCCAAGCUGGAGGACCGGACCAGAGCUGCCCUCCUGGACAACCUCCACGAUGAGCUCCAUGUACACACACAGGCCAUGUUGGGACUGGGCCCCGAGGAGGACAAGUUUGAGAAUGGGGGCCAUGGGGGAUUCCUGGAGUCUUUUAAGAGGGCCAUCCGUGUGCGCAGCCACUCCAUGGAGACCAUGGUGGGCAGCCAGAGGAAGGCGCAUGGUGCGGGCAUCCCCGGCAGCCUCAGUGGGGGCAUCGUCCACAACAGCAUGGAGCUCACCAAGGCCACCUUCUCGCCUCCCGUGGCAGCGGCCACCGUGAAGAACCAGUCUCGGAGCCCCAUCAAACGGCGAUCGGGGCUCUUUCCCCGCCUGCACACAGGCUCUGAAGGCCCUGGGGACAGCCGGACACGAUGUGACAGUGUCUCCAGCACCCCCAAGACCCCGGAUGGCGGGCAUUCUUCUCAGGAGAUAAAGUCUGAGACCUCAUCGAACCCCAGCUCUCCUGAAAUCUGCCCCAAUAAAGAGAAGCCCUUCAUGAAGUUGAAAGAGAAUGGCCGUGCCAACAUCUCUCGCUCCUCCUCCAGCACCAGCAGCUUCAGCAGCACCGCAGGGGAGGGCGAGGCCAUGGAGGAGUGUGACAGUGGGAGCAGCCAGCCGUCCACAACCUCACCCUUCAAGCAGGAGGUAUUUGUCUACAGCCCAUCUCCGAGCAGCGAGAGCCCCAGUGUAGGGGCCACCGCCACUCCCAUCAUCAUGAGCCGGAGUCCUACAGAUGCCAAGAGCAGAAAUUCCCCGAGGUCAAACCUGAAAUUUCGCUUUGAUAAGCUCAGUCACGCUGGCUCCAGUACGGGUCACUAAUGUGAAGGAGGCUUCCUUCUCCUGAGCCAGGAAAGCCUCGAUUCUGUCCUACAGAAGGCUCAUUCCAGCCACUUGGGGCGCCGUCCACUACGCUGUCCACGGGCCCGCUGGACCAUCAGCCACCUGCCCAAUGGACCAGCUAUUUGCCCCAUGUCCCACCCGGCCAGCUCCUCCAACCCCGCACACACAGCUCCCCUCUCGGUCUCUGGACAAGGCCUCUUUCCUGGAGGUCCCCCUGUUCCUGACUCCUGAUGAUGUCUGUCUGGGUCAUUUGUCAUCUUGUUGUGUCUGCAGGAAAUAGAGUUGAAGGGGAGGGGUGGGGGUGGUGGUCCCGGGGAGUUUAGCCACAGACUGGGAAGCUCAUUUGCCUCAGUGACAAGAGGCAGCGGUAAGGGAGAGGGCAGAGUUGACUGCAGGUGGUAAGGGGCCCCUGGGCCACAGAGCAGAGCCUUCCCGGAUGUGGCAGGAGCUCUGCCACUACCCAUGCAUUUAGUGGCAGUCGGGGGAGGGGGGCUGCUUUCCCAGGAGCCGAGA